GAGAGAGAGAGAGGGCACUUGCAAAAACGGCCAACGAGAACAAGAAGGUCUCUUUUCAUGCGUGUAUGUGCGUGUGCAUCCAAAGUCCAAACAAAACAGAGGAGAAGAUUAAAAAGUCCAAUUGAAAGACCUCCACUUUGCUGAAUACUUAAAAGUAUAGAAGCCGCCUCUCUCCGCCCGCCUCUCUCUCUCUCUCUCUCUCCCUCCCUCCCUCCCUCGCUGGAAUACACUGCCAAUCGGGUUCUCAAGUAGGUAGAGAGAGAAAGAAAGAAAGAAGGAAAGAAGAGAGACCAUGAACCAGAAGGCCGGCGUUUCCAAAGAGCUUAAUGCCAAGCACCGAAAGAUAUUGGAUGGGCUUCUUAAAUUACCAGAGAACAGAGAAUGUGCUGACUGCAAAAGCAAAGGACCAAGAUGGGCUAGUGUGAACCUGGGAAUCUUCAUUUGCAUGCAAUGUUCUGGAGUUCACAGAAGUCUUGGAGUACACAUAUCAAAGGUGAGAUCAGCCACACUGGACACAUGGCUUCCCGAUCAGGUUGCAUUUAUUCAAUCGAUGGGAAAUGAGAAAUCAAAUAGCUAUUGGGAAGCUGAGCUGCCUCCCAAGUAUGAUAGAGUUGGAAUCGAGAAUUUCAUUCGUGCAAAGUAUGUAGACAAGAGAUGGAAUCGAAGGGAUGGAAAAGCAAAAUCACAAUCUCCAGUACAUGAAGAGAAGCCGUCGGUCAAUAAUCCUGAACCUCAGAUUGAUAAUGGACCUAAAUAUCCCAAUCCCAUUAAACAGUCUACUGAAGAAAGGAAAGGGCCCCCUCUGCCAAUUAAAACUGGAAGUAUUUCCGCUGCAAAAAGUAAUGGCCAUGUUUCCCCUAAUGCAUCCCAGCGGGAUACUCCUGAUGCAAAAACACAAGAAGUACAUCAGAAAGCAGAAACUGCAGUCCCAAAGACUAAUGGUACACCUGUUUCUUCGGCAAGGAAGGUUGAUUAUGCCACCGAUCUUUUCAACUUGCUCUCAAUGAAUGAUUCCAAUGAUAACAACCCCAAGCCCUCUCCUGCAAAUGAUAAUGCAAGUACGGGAAUCCACUCUGCUGAAAGAACAUCAACACAAGUGGAAAGUGUCUGCUCAAAAUCAGUUGAAAUAAAGACCCAAUCAGACCCUGGGAUCGAGGAAUUAGUUAGGGAGUUACAGUGGGUCACAACACCCAGUAAUGAUAAACCUGCCAAAGACGAGAGGAAUAACACUAUGAAUCUCUUUGAUAAGCCAACUAUGGUGUCCCCAUUUUCUAUCCAUCAACAACAAGAAGCAGCUCUGGCUCAACAACAGUCCUUUCUCGUGGCUACUGGACCAACGUCUUUCGCAAGUCCCCAACCAUAUUACGGGAGUAUGUAUCACCAUGGACCAAUUAACGGUGUUCGCUUCCCCUCUCAGAUGAUGCCUACGGCUCCUCUACAAACCAAUAUGCAGAUGGGAUAUUUACAACCUUCAUUUCCCACAAGGAGUGCUGCUCCUCCUUAUCUAACAAGCAGCCCGUAUACCACAAGGCCAGUAGCUCCAAAUAGCCAAAUGACAAACUACAGAGGGAAUGCACCAGCUUCUUCGAUGGCUAAUCCAGCACCGUCAUCCAAUAUUCCAGCUCAAUCAGGAUCAAGAGAUUAUGAUCUUUCAUCAUUAGUACAGGGGAUGUUUACCAACCGGUGAAACAUCGCGUGAGUAGGGAAAAUCAGGAUUUACAGGGAAAAUAGUGUCUGGAUUUGUUUUCUUCUUUAUUAGAAUCAGUUUCAUAUAAAUUCAUGUGACAUUCUCAUUUGUAUAUUGAUAGGCAUUUCCUUUCGGUAAAGAAGCUAGGUGUCCAAAUUGCUUCCCAUUUUCUUCACUAAAUCUUAUCUUGGGGUGGUUAUUUUA